UUGGUAUCAUUUAGCAAAUGUACAGUUUAGGGAGAAGACGUUGAAAAUUAUUGUGUCGCUGGUGAAGCUACUGAACUUAUUUCAGCUAACGAUUUAUUUGGGACCAUUUACAGAAAGACCUGAUCAUUAUGAGGCUGCUCCUUGCGUGGCUGGUGGUGGUCGGCACCGUCUAUGCCGAUGAUGAUGGGGGAAAGGAAAACGUGGGCACUGUGGUGGGCAUCGAUCUUGGAACAACAUAUUCCUGUGUGGGAGUCUUCAAGAACGGCCGUGUGGAAAUCAUCGCCAAUGACCAGGGUAACAGAAUCACCCCCUCCUAUGUGGCCUUCACUGCUGAGGGGGAGCGUCUGAUCGGAGACGCCGCCAAGAACCAGCUGACGUCCAACCCCGAGAACACCGUCUUUGACGCCAAGAGAAUGAUCGGUCGAACUUGGGGCGACUCCUCUGUCCAGCAGGACAUCAAGUACUUCCCAUUCAAGGUCAUUGAGAAGAAGACCAAGCCUCACAUCCAGCUUGACAUCUUAGGCCAGAUGAAGACCUUUGCCCCUGAGGAGAUCUCCGCCAUGGUUCUCGUCAAGAUGAAGGAGACUGCAGAGGCAUACCUCGGAAAGAAGGUCACCCAUGCCGUGGUCACUGUCCCUGCUUACUUCAACGAUGCCCAGCGCCAAGCCACCAAGGAUGCCGGAACCAUCGCCGGUCUCAAUGUCAUGAGGAUCAUCAACGAGCCAACUGCCGCUGCUAUUGCCUAUGGCUUGGACAAGAAGGGCGGUGAGAAGAACAUCCUGGUGUUCGAUCUGGGCGGUGGUACCUUCGACGUGUCCCUCCUGACCAUUGACAACGGUGUGUUUGAGGUCGUGGCCACCAACGGAGACACCCACUUGGGAGGCGAAGACUUUGACCAGCGUGUUAUGGAGCACUUCAUCAAGCUGUACAAGAAGAAGACCGGCAAAGAUGUGCGCAAGGACAACCGUGCCGUUCAGAAGCUUCGUCGUGAAGUUGAGAAGGCCAAGAGAGCCCUGUCUGCCCAGCAUCAAGCACGCAUCGAGAUCGAGUCCUUCUUCGAGGGUGAAGACUUCUCCGAGACCCUGACCCGUGCCAAGUUUGAGGAGCUCAACAUGGACCUCUUCCGUUCCACCAUGAAGCCCGUGCAGAAGGUCCUGGAAGACUCCGACCUGAAGAAGUCCGACGUCGACGAGAUCGUGCUGGUGGGCGGCUCCACUCGUAUCCCCAAGGUCCAGCAGCUGGUGAAGGAGUUCUUCAACGGCAAGGAGCCGUCCAGAGGCAUCAACCCCGACGAGGCCGUGGCCUACGGAGCUGCCGUGCAGGCCGGCGUGCUGUCCGGAGAGGAGGACACCGGCGACCUGGUCCUCCUGGACGUGUGCCCCCUGACGCUGGGUAUCGAGACCGUGGGAGGUGUCAUGACUAAGCUGAUCCCCAGGAACACCGUGGUGCCCACCAAGAAGUCCCAGAUCUUCUCCACAGCCUCCGACAACCAGCCCACUGUCACCAUCAAGGUCUACGAAGGUGAGCGCCCCCUGACCAAGGACAACCACCUGCUGGGUAACUUUGACCUGACUGGCAUCCCCCCCGCACCCCGCGGCGUCCCCCAGAUCGAGGUGACCUUCGAGAUCGACGUCAACGGCAUCCUGCGCGUCACCGCCGAGGACAAGGGCACCGGCAACAAGAACAAGAUCACCAUCACCAACGACCAGAACCGUCUGACCCCAGAGGACAUCGAGAGGAUGGUGAACGACGCCGAGCGCUUCGCCGACGAAGACAAGAAGCUGAAAGAGCGCAUCGACGCCCGCAACGAGCUGGAGAGCUACGCCUACUCCCUGAAGAACCAGAUUGGCGACAAGGAGAAGCUGGGCGGCAAGCUGUCCGACGAGGACAAGGAAACCAUCGAGAAGGCCGUGGAGGCAGGGAUCGAGUGGAUGGAGUCCAACCAGGAGGCCGACACGGAAGACUUCAAGGCCAAGAAGAAGGAGAUUGAGGAGGUGGUCCAGCCAAUCAUCGGCAAGCUCUACGGCAGCGCAGGCGGUCCUCCUCCCGAGGAGGGGGGCGAAGGCGAUCAGGAUGAGAAGGACGAGUUGUAGGCGUGAUGCCCACUUCUCCAAACUCUCUCUCACACACACAUGCACGCACACAAGCUGUUCUCCCAGACGCCCUGGCCUCUCUGGCAGUGAUGCAGAUGUACAUAUUGAAAUGACUUGACAAUGAUGGACAAUUGUGAGGACAGAGGUGGAAGGGAAGAACAAGCAAAGACCAACAACACCACAGGAAAAAAAAAAUCUGGAAAAGACUUUCUUUUGAGAAGCUGUAGAAAAGUGCGGAUGUGCUCUUCACUUGUUCCAAGUGGAGAUUUAGUCAGCCUGGAUCGAGGCUUACUGCUGUUCUGAGGCAGUCCGAAUCGGGGUUCCUCUUGGGGGUUGGGGUGGGCUUAGUUGGGGAGGGGGUUGGGGUUGGCUGUGGUUCCAUGGGCACUUGGGGUUGUCAUGUUCUCAUCUUUACAGUUUAUUUAUUGAAAUCAGGCCAUAGUAGAAAAUGUUGUUUCUACAAAGACAGAAAUGGAAAUAAAUGUUUGAUAAUAAAACAGACUUUUUGGGUCUUACAUGUC